AUGCGAGAAGCGCUUGCCGUACAGAAGAAGACUGCUGAGGAAAUGGAGCGUGUCCGAUUGAGGAAACGUGCUGAAGAGCGUCGAAAGGAGCGUGACCGACAAAGGGAGCUCGACACGCUAGCUGCACGAGAACAAUCGUCGCAUGCUCACGUGUUGAUGUUACAGCGAGAACUGGAGCUUGAAAGGCAACAGACGCGUAUCCGACGGAUGGAACGUAAACGGGAACUCAAGGCAUUUGGAUGGAAGGUGGCCGCAUCUUGCUUGCACAUGCUCAUAGCCGGUGGUCGAUGGACCUUGGAGAUGACAAAGAUCUCUUCGCAAUGGUGCUGGGAGAUGACCAAGGUCUGCAUUCGAUGGUCCUUCGACAUGCUCGAGAUCUGCGCCAAAUGGUGCUAG